CUAAUUAGCGGCCUGCCAGCCUGCCUGAGAGAGCAAAAUCAAAAAUUAGAAGCCCUAUCCCCCCGAGGAAAAACACCGCCGAUCACGAUGGAAGCCGACGAAGAGAUUUACGCCAACGGAGGCGACAGUACCAGCCACCCUAGACCAAUAAUCAGCGGCGAGCAGCUCGACAUCGAAGCAUACGCCGGUCUCUACUCAGGAAGAACCAAAAUCGCAAGGCUCCUCUUCAUAGCCGACCACUGCGACAACCCUACUAUGCAAUUAGAGGCGCUGCGAAUGGCGUAUGAAGAAAUCAAGAAAGGCGAGAACACACAGCUGUUUCGCGAAGUUGUUCUUAAACUCGACGGCAGACUUGGCCCUAAUUAUGGUACGGAUAGCUCCUGGUGCGAAACUGUUGAUCGGAGAGCCGACCAGCGUAAGGAGAGGCUCGAGAACGAGCUCAAUGCGUACAGAACGAAUUUGAUUAAAGAGAGUAUAAGAAUGGGAUAUAAUGAUUUUGGAGAUUUCUAUUAUGCACAUGGCGCUCUAGGUGAUGCUUUCAAAAGCUAUGUUCGGACUCGCGAUUAUUGUACUACAUCGAAGCAUAUUAUUCAUAUGUGUAUGAGUGCGAUUCUUGUUAGUAUUGAGAUGGGUCAGUUUAGUCAUGUUACUAGCUAUGUUAGUAAAGCUGAGCAAACUCCUGAGGCUCUCGAUCCUGUUACUAUUGCGAAGCUACGGUGUGCUGCUGGAUUAGCUCAUUUGGAGGCUAAAAAGUAUAAGCUUGCUGCCCGUAAGUUCCUUGAAGUGGCUCCUGAAUUGGGAAAUUCUUUCAAUGAAGUCAUUGCACCUCAAGAUGUUGCAACAUAUGGAGGGCUCUGUGCUCUUGCAAGUUUUGAGCGGACAGAGCUGAAGAACAAAGUAAUAGACAAUUUGAACUUCCGCAAUUUCUUGGAGUUGGUACCUGAAGUGAGAGAGCUAAUUCAUGACUUCUACUCAAGCCAUUAUGCUUCAUGUCUAGAGUAUUUGGGAAAUCUCAAAGCAAACGUACUGCUCGACAUCCAUUUGCACGAUCAUGUUGAGACAUUAUACGAUCAAAUUCGUAACAAAGCCCUCAUUCAGUACACACACCCAUUUGUGUCUGUUGAUUUGAACAUGAUGGCAAAUGCUUUUAAAACAAGUGUUGCAGGGUUAGAGAAAGAACUCGAAGCCUUGAUCACCGACAAUCAAAUACAGGCACGGAUCGAUUCGCACAACAAAAUUCUUUAUGCACGGCAUGCAGAUCAAAGAAACGCCACAUUUCAACGAGUUCUACAAACCGGCAGUGAAUUCGAUAGGGAUGUUAGAGCAAUGCUGCUGAGGGCAAGUCUUAUCAAACAUGAAUAUAAUCUGAGGGCUUCUCGGAAACUUUAAAUUAAUUGAUUUUGGAGCUUGACGGACUUUUUUUUUUAUUACAAUUUCUGGAGCUGUUCAAGAUAGUAGAUUGCAUCUUAAAGGCAUCAAGAAACUUGAUUUUUUUUUUUUGAGCUGGGAUCAUGCAGUACCCUGGUCAGCAUAUCUCAUUUAGUUUACUGAGCUGUCCAUGGUAAUUAGAUUUUGAGGAUUACAGGGUGCAUGUGUAACAAUUGCAAGUAUCGGGGGGUGAACUUUUAUUUUUGUAUAUACUUGGAUAUAUACCAGAAAUUGCGGUCGUUAA